GCUCCGUGGCGCCUCCCCGAGGUCCCCUUCCCGCGCCGCGGCGAUGGCGGCCCCGCUGCUGGCCUCGCCCGGCCGCCGGAGCCGCUUCGAGCAGGAGCAGGACCGGACCGUCCGCGCCCUCAUCCGCAGCGUCACCGGCCUCCCGGAGGAGGAGGAUGAGGAGGAGCAGGAGGAGGAGUCGGGCGGCGGCCGGUUCCAGACGGCGCUGAAUUUCGCCUGGUCCAACUUCAGAUUUCACCGUUUUCUUGAUGUGAACAGUCAUAAAGUAGAGAGGACUAUAGAAGGAAUACAUGAAAAAUUGAUAGUUCAUUCUGACCUGGGAAAAGCAGCAAGCUGGAAAAGAUUAACAGAAAAAUUUCUGAAUUCACCACUCCCAAGCAUAGAAGAAACAAAAACAGAUACACACUAUUCCAUACUGUCUCUUCUGUUAUGUUUGUCUGAUUCUCCAUCUAACACCACCUAUGUGGAAAAGCCAAGAGAAAAAGAAGCAGAUUCCUUUUUGAAUGAUCUCUGCACAUUCCCUCGGCGGUGUUUUGAAUGCACUUUCAGCCCAUUCCAGGAAUGUGAAUAUGAAGAGGUUAUCUCAAACAGCUCUAAUUACAAAAAGGAAGAAAAAUUUGAUUGGGGAAAGUAUUUGUUGGAAGGAGAAGAAAUUUACUUUGGCCCAGGCAUAGAUUCACCAGAUUGGUCUGGAGAAAGUGAGGAGGAGGAUGAUACUCAGCCUUUGAGCAGGGAGGACUCGGGUAUUCAAGUAGACAGAACACCUUUAGAAGACCAAGAUCCAAACAAGAAAACAGUACCUAAUGUUUCCUGGAAAGUUGGUGAGCCUGAUGCCCGCAGCUGGCUGGAGCAGCAUGUCGUUCCUCAGUACUGGACAGGAAGAGCUCCUCGUUUUUCUCAUAGUUUGCACUUGCAUUCCAACUUAGCUGCAGUCUGGGACCACCACUUGUACACCAGUGAUCCUUUGUAUGUACCAGAAGAGAGAACACUAGUCACAGAAACCCAGGUUAUAAGGGAAACUCUUUGGCUACUUUCAGGAGUGAAAAAGCUCUUUAUAUUUCAGCUGAAUGAUGGAAAAGUGGUUGUGCGGAAUGAUAUAAUUGUAACUCACUUAACCCAUAAUUGCCUAAGGUCUGUGUUGGAGCAGAUAGCUGCGUAUGGUCAAGUUGUGUUUAGACUGCAGAAGUUUAUUGAUGAGGUGAUGGGACACAGCCCGGAAAAUGUUUCUACUCCAAAGAAAACCACUGAAGCCCCAUUCAGAACAUACCAAGCUUUUAUGUGGGCCUUAUACAAAUACUUCAUUAGCUUCAAAGAAGAACUUACCGAAAUUGAAAAAUGCAUCAUCAACAAAGACAAAACAGUCACACUUUCGAUAGUGAUAGAUAAGCUGUCUCCCCGCCUGGCACAGCUGAAGGUACUUCACAAGGUUUUUAGCACAGGAGUAGCAGAAGUGCCACCUGAUACCAGGAAUGUUGUACGAGCGUCUCAUCUGCUUAAUACUCUUUACAAAGCUAUUCUGGAAUAUGACAGUGUUGGAGAAGCAUCUGAGCAAACGGUGUCCCUUCUGUUCUCUCUCUGGGUUGAGACUGUGAGGCCAUACUUACAGACAGUGGAUGAGUGGAUUGUCCACGGCAAUUUGUUUGAUCCUGCAAAGGAAUUCAUCAUUCAGAGGAACAAAAACGUUCCAGUUAAUCACAGAGAUUUUUGGUAUGCUACCUACACAUUAUAUAGUGUGUCAGAAAAAACAGAGAACGAAGAGAAGAUGAGUGAUAAUGCCAGUGCCAGUUCUGGCAGUGAUCAGGCCCCUUCAAGCAGGCAACACACUAUGGUCUCUUUUCUGAAACCUGUGCUAAAGCAAAUCAUCAUGGCUGGAAAAUCCAUGCAGCUGUUGAAGAAUCUUCAAUGCAAAGAUGGCUCUCCACAGCAGGCUGCAUCCAGGGAUGCUGAAAGAAAGAGUUUGUAUACGCUGUUCCUGGAAUCCGUGCAGUCUCGCCUGAGGCACGGGGAGGAAUCUGUUCCAGAUAUUAUUACAGAGCAGCAGGCCACCAAGCAGAGCCUAAUAAAGAUGCAAUCUAUAGCAGAAAGGCACUUGGAACUGGAUGAUGUCCAUGACCCACUGCUGGCUAUUAAUUUCGCCAGAUUAUAUUUGGAGCAGAGUGACUUUCAUGAGAAGUUUACUGGUGGGGAUGUUUGUGUGGAUAGAUCCUCAGAAUCGGUCACCUGCCAGACUUUUGAACUGACACUGAGGUCUUGCCUUUAUCCUCACAUAGACAAGCAAUACUUGGAGUGCUGUGGUAAUCUAAUGCAAACUUUAAAGAAGGAUUAUAGGCUUGUAGAAUAUUUGCAAGCUAUGAGAAACUUUUUCUUACUUGAAGCUGGAGAUACUAUGUAUGAUUUCUAUACAUCCAUUUUUGACAAAAUUAGAGAAAAGGAAGCUUGGCAGAAUGUUGCCUUCUUAAAUGUUCAGCUUCAAGAAGCAGUAGGACAGCGCUAUCCAGAGGACAGCUCAAGGUUGUCUAUAUCAUUUGAAAGUGUUGAUACAGCAAAGAAGAAACUGCCUGUCCACACCCUGGAUGGCUUGACAUUAAGUUAUAAGGUUCCUUGGCCUGUGGACAUAGUUAUAAGCCUAGAGUGCCAAAAGAUUUACAACCAAGUUUUUCUGCUCUUAUUGCAAAUAAAGUGGGCCAAGUAUAGUCUAGAUGUUCUAAGAUUUGAUGAACUAGUCUGUGCUGCAGAAAACUCACAGGUUAAAGAGGGAACUUUGUUAGAACACGGAACACUUCCUCGAUUUGGACCACAAACAGAAAGUAUAAAACAACAAAUACAUCGCAUGUUCCUCUUAAGAGUGAAACUUAUGCAUUUUGUUAACAGCCUGCACAACUACAUCAUGACUCGGAUUCUUCACAGUACUGGCUUGGAAUUUCAGCACCAGGUAGAAGAAGCUAAAGAUUUAGAUCAAUUAAUAAAGAUUCAUUACAGAUACCUAUCUACAAUCCAUGAUCGCUGCUUACUAAGAGAAAAGGUGAGCUUUGUCAAAGAAGCUAUAAUGAAAGUUUUAAAUUUAGUGCUGAUGUUUGCAGACCGUUGGCAGGCGGGUCUGGGGGCUUGGAAGAUGGAAUCCAUAGAGAAAAUGGAAUCUGAUUUUAAAAACUGCCACAUGUUUCUUGUAACUGUCCUCAACAAAGCCGUCUGCCGAGGCUCUUUUCCUCACUUGGAAUCUUUAGCUCUGUCACUGAUGGCUGGCAUGGAACAGAGCUAGUGCCUGAAUCUGCUGAGCUGCAGAACAACUGAAAGCAGCAUUUAUGUUGAAUGUCCUUUGUUAACUGUAAGCAUUUUACACUCCAUUUUGAAACGUAUAUAGUUAAAUUAUACUGAUGGUUUGGGGUUGUGUAAAGUAUUUUCAAAUGUAAAUAAUGUACAGGUAUUUAAGCGUAUUGGUUGUGGCUGUAUUGUUCUCUGUAUGUAUAUGCUUUAACAUGAGAAAAUGUGCAUUGUAAAAUGCAUCCUGCGUGAACAAUCUUGCCUGAAAUAUAUGAAGUGUAUUUUGUGCUGUAUAAGUAUUUUGGUUUUAUUAUUAUUAUGAAUAACUGCUGAUUUACUGUUUCCAUUAAUUUUGCAGCUGUGACUAGGUCACAGGGCACUGUGCAGUGGUGUGACUCAGUUCUUAUUAUUCAAAAGGUUGGUUGAGUUCAUUUUGGGGAAAAAAAAAGAAGCUAAGAGCCAUUUAUCUUGUUUGCUUAAUGGCUCUGAAGCACUCUUUGGGAACAAUUAUGACUGUUACAAUAACCUGAUAUUAAAAAAACAACAACAUUAACUUAAUUGGAUUAUUGCAGGCCAUAAAAUACUGAUAUUUUUUGAUGUUAAAUGAUGAAAGCAUACUCAUUUUGGUGGUAAACUUGGCAGUUUAAGCAUGAUGAAGAUGACAGUGUGACAUACAUUGCUUUUACCUGUUGGAUUGCUGAGAUGUUUCAGAGGUCAUCAGAUACAAGUUGAUCAUUCUCCUUCAAAGCUUUUUGCAAACAAAACCAUUCAUUUAAUAGUUAAUUUCUUGUAAAGAGGUAGAUCACAAUACACUUAGGAUUUUGAUUGAUUUUGAUCAAAUCAUAGGAUUUUGUACCAAUAAGGGUACAUUUUUAGAGAGGUGGAUGUGGGCCCUGUUCUACAACCCUGCUACAUCCCCGUAAUUUUGUCAUUCUGACAUGAGUACACCUACAUUUAAAAGAAGAAAAUCGCAGCCAUUUGCCUUUUUACUUGAGUAAAUAAAAGAUUAAAUAAUUGGAAUUAGACCAUUGUGUGUGAGUUUCUGCUUGAAUCUCAGUGGUAACUUACUAAAGUUAGAGGGGUGUUUCUGCUAUGUAAGUGCAGUAUAUUAACAAUAGCUGUGGAACAGUGGCUCACGUUAUAAAGCUGUUUUUGGAGCUGUGAAUUUGCUGCAUUACUUUACAUGUAUAAAUAUUGCUGGUUUGUGUAAACAAGAGAUCUCAACAAGUUCCUGCAAAGUUAUGGCUUUUUUUUUUUUUUUUGAGUCUUUUUUGUUUAACUGAAGAAUAAGUCCUUCAGUUUUGGUGUGUAUGCCUUGUGAUGCUGCCAAGACCUUUCAUCGGCCUCCUAGCAGAGGCUAAGUAAAGAUUUAUCUAUUCAGAAAAGAGGUUUUUGGUGAGGCUUUGGGUAUUUCAGCUAUUUGCUCAAAUUUCAGAUUAAAAAAAAAGUCUAGCAUUUUCUGAUCUCUUUAGAGAGAAGUGCUGCUAGUUGGAUUUCACCCCCUGUCCAUUUCUUCUGGAUGAUUUUGACUGCUUGCAAAUUCCAAUUUCCAUCAGUUAUCUCUGAUUUGAAUCUUAAAUUUGGGAUCCUUCUCUUCAACAUGGAAAUGCUGCAUUUAUAUGUAUAGCUUCAUUUGCACUUCUGGGAUUUUGAGCAUGUGAAAACUGAUCUUUCUAAGCUUCUAAGGGAUAACUUCUGGUUUAAAACUUUUGUUGUUAAAAAAAAAAAGCCCACUAGGUGGCAGAUAUUAAAAUUUCAAGGAAUUGAUUUUGCAAAGUUGAUUUUUGUGCUUAUGGCUGUUGCUUUCAUAAUAUUAAAAGGUCGGUGUGUACUGAAGUGAAAAAAGGUAUGUCCUAUGAUAGAAAUGUGCCUGAUCUAAAGUUAGAAGUAGGAACUUAUUUAAAAAAAAAUGAUUCUUGAUUAUGGGGAUAAUGUCUUCAUGAAUUAUUGAAUGAGAGGAAGCUCAGGCUGAUUUGUAGCUGCAGCCAGAUUGUUCUCGUCCUGGAGAAAUGCAAACUACAAAACAAAAAUACUGUUAGAUCCUACUCUGAGCCAAGUUAUCCAGUUUCAUGCUAAGCCACAAGAAGGCGUUGGGUUCUUGAAAAACAAGUACUUAAAUGAUGUGCAUGGAGGAGUGAAUGAUUUUAUAAAGAGCACUAAUCUGGGUGAAACAGCAAGCAUGGAUUUAGGAACUUAAAAGUAAGGAUCUGGCUAAAUGGUCUUAGAAAAAUUAUAAUGUUCAAGGUGAGAUGUUAAAUCUGAUGUCUAAGAAUCUUUGGGGA